GCGGAAACAAAUUCUUUAAAAGUGCUUUAAAUGUUAUUACUGUCGAGUGUAGACACCAAUAAUGCGUAGUUAGCUUUGUUUCUAGUUACGGCUAAGCAUAUACAAAGCAAAAUGAGUUCACUACUCUCUGCAGAACUUUCUGCAACAUGCAAUGCACUGGGCACGUUCGACAAGAGGACCGGGAAGUACUUGAUAGACGACUACACUCUUAAUACGGUUAAAGACUUAAUAAGAUACUUACGUCGUGAUGGCGAGGACCACGAAAUUCGCAGACAUUUCGGCCAAACAAAAGUGUUGCAGACUGAUCUAAUACCUAUGUUGAUUGACCACUGGGAAAAUACAGAACUGUUUGACGUAACUCUCAGACUUCUGGUUAACCUAACAAACCCAGCGUUAUUGCUGUAUAGAGAGGAAGUGCCAACUGAGCGAACUGCCAGACACAAUUAUCUGCUGAUACUACUCCAUCUGCAGAACUAUAAAGAAGAAGCAUUCACUAAAGUUGAGACUUGGAAUGUUUUUGCAAAGAAGUUGACUAAGAUCCUGGAAAUUGACUGGAGUGAACGAGAUGAAGACACGGGCUUGAUCAUUGAGAGAAUCCUAAUCCUCAUCAGGAAUGUGCUCCAUGUGCCCUCGGACUUGGACAAGGAACGGCGGCCGGAGAAUGAUGCCAGUGUGCACGAUCAAGUCCUAUGGGCAUUAAAUCAAUCAGGCAUACUAGACAUAAUCCUGUACAUGUCAUCAGAAAAUGAAAAGCAAUAUUUCAUGCAUAUCCUAGAGAUCAUAUCCCACUUGCUGCGGGAACAGAAUCCCACCAGUUUGGCUGAUGCUGCGCUGCAGCGGAGUGCGGAUGAGAAACUGAGGGAUGAACAAGAGUUGCUCACUAUAAGGAUGUCGGAGAAUAAGCAGCGGCUUAAUAAAGUUAAGCAGUUUUCGACAUCAAGGCAUUCCCGUUUUGGCGGUACUUACGUUGUCCAAAACAUGAAAUCUAUAUCUGAAAAUGAAAUCAUCUGUCUGAAGCCAUUGAACAAGAUUUCUAAUCUAGACUUUAGCGGGGGUAAAAAGUCUAAUUUAGUCAAGCCAAAGAAUCGCAGGCCCGUUGAAAGUGGGACUAUGGAAAGAAGAUCAGCUUUUGCAAUCAGGCUAUUUUUAAAGGAAUUCUGCAUAGAAUUCCUAAACAGUGCAUACAACCCUCUAAUGCACUACGUAAAGGAUGUACUGGUGAGAUCCAAGGCCCAGCAGAAUGACGAAUCGUACUACUUCUGGGCCGUCAAGUUCUUCAUGGAGUUUAACAGGGGACAUGAUUUUCAAGUUGGCUUGGUCAGCGAAACUAUGUCAGUUCCAAUGUUCCACUACGUGCAACAGCAAAUGGAGAAAUACUAUGACAUGAUCAAAGUAGAAAAAAAGAAAUUCGCCGUAUGGGUGCGACGUCUACACCUAGCCCUCCGGGCUUAUAAAGAACUUCUUAACACAUUGCUGGCAAUGGAUAAAAGUACGGAUCCUAGUGUCAAAGAGUCCGCUAAAGUACUGAAGAGUAACAUUUUCUACGUUUUAGAAUAUAGGGAGUUUAUUUUAACGACGUGUUUAAGUUACGACGAAAAUAAAAUGCCAAGAUCCUAUCUCGUAGAUCUAGUAGAAACGGUUCAUUUAUUUUUGAAAAUGCUGGAACAUUACGUCAAGAAAACGGGAUUAGUCGUGCAGAAAAAAGUGAAGAGGAAAGCGAAAUCCAAAAAAAAGAAGCGUGCGGUAGAAAAGUCACAGCCGAGCCGAGUAGAAAUACCGGAGUGGGAAGAGUUGCGUGCGCAGCUAGCUGUUGUGCUCGGCGCCGGCGUCGACGAGUGCCCGCCGCCGUUUGACGCCGCCUCCGAUCAAACCGUCGACCAGCAGAAGGAAUCGUGUAUGAAGAACAUUCAAAGGCUCAUGCGGGAAUACAAAUUCGAGGACGCUGUUGGGAUGCUGCGCGCCGCGAGAGAAGUGUGGCCGGAGGAAGGAAUAUUCGGCGCGAGCGACAUUCCGCAAGAACAGGAGCUAGAAAUGCUGGAGACCAUUUACGGGACCGAUUUAGGAGUAGAAGUACCAGAGGUUAUAGAGGAAAAUAACGAAGAAAAUACGGAGGACGAGGAAGACGAAGAGGAAGAGCGCAGUGCAGCGAUAGUCGAAUCAGACUUUGAUUUCAAUGAUUUUGUUCAGAGAUUCUGCAGCCCGAAAGUAGUAAGCGCUUGUGCGUCCCUUCUAGACGGUUUCGAGAAGAACCUACCGCACACUAACCAUUGCAUCACGAAAAUGCUGCACAGAAUAACGUGGGACUGCAAGCGACCGGCUAUGAUGUUCCAAGCGUCUCUGUUUCUGGUCUUUCAGAAGAUACUCAACAACCCUAUGCCUCAAUUUAAGGAGUUGGAAAAGUUCGCUAUAUUUAUACUGAGGAAAUUUACUGAAGUCGCGCAGAAAAAUCCUAAAGUUUUUAUUGAGCUACUUUUCUGGACUAAUUCUAAGGAUGCCAUCGAUAUAGAGUGCGGGUACGAUCUCUACUCCGAUCAAAAGGAUAGAGUGGGUAAGGGUACCUGGAGCGAGGAACAGGAAGAGGAAUUACGGAACCUGUACAUGGAGAACCAGUCUAACCCACAAACUGAUCAUGACGUCAUCGACUGGAUCCUUGAGAACCUAAUCGACCAGACCCGAACGCGGCGCAGCGUCAUCAAGAAACUAAAAGAGCUCGGCCUCAUAUUCCGCGCUCCCACCAAACGGAGCAACAAGGUGCGGCAGCGGGAGCAAGUGCCUAAGGAGUUCAGUGAGGAGGAGGACGACAUGCUUAGGCAGCUUUGGGAAGAGUUUGGCGAAUCUACUGAUCCAAUGUUGUUAAUAAUGGGCCGCAUGCCGCGCAAGCGACCGAAGCGAAGCUUCGUGGAGAGGAUGUUGGACCUGGGUGUUAUACAGGACAAGAAACAGUGUCGGAGGAAGAGACAGAAGGGAAUGAAGAGCAACGGUGAAAUGAAAGGCGACAGCGAUAAUGAUAAGUCUAGUGAUUCGUCUUCCUCCGAAUCGUCGGCGCACUCCGACUCUGACGACGAUGGUUCGCGACCGUCAUCUCCUGUUACGAUGAAACCUGCCAAAAAUACCGCGAAAGCCAAGGAGGUUCCCAAAAAGAAACCGGUGAAGAAACAGAUCCAGCUCAGCGCCAACGAGAUUGCCAAGUUACUGGUCAGCGCUGUCGACGAUGGUCUCUCGGAGCCACUAAAGUGGGUAGCCGAAAGUUUAGAAGAAGUGGCACUUGACCAAGAGGCGGAAGGGUUCGACCCGACUGCCGAAGGCGUGCCACUACUGCCCCUGUCCGGUGAUUGUGUGGAUGCCAUGGAGAAUGAGUUGUUCAAGAAGAUUUUGAUGGGAAUCGGGAUCAUGCCGCCGAGUGAUGAACAAGAAGCAUAUUGGAGGAUACCUAGCAGUUUACAUUUCGAAACGAUUAGAAAGAGGCGCGAAAUUAUAAUCAAGGCUGUAAAUAAAGAGCUAAUAAUAGAUCCCACAGUAGACGAAACUCCUAUCGAAAACGUUCCCAAAGUCCCAAAUGACAAUACGAACGCGGAAUCUAGUGAUGAUGACGAUCUAUUCGCCAAUUUGAGAAAGAUGAGAGAAAGUAAUAUUGAAAACGUAAAAAGCGCUUCAAGUGCCGAAGUCAAGAGGAGUCAGAAACGAAGUCGGAGCGUGGAAUCAAACGAAUCUAACAGCAGAUGGAAACUGCCGAGGAUUGAGGAAGAGGCAGUGAAUGGUGGGGAUGAGGGUGAGGACCUUCUGUCGUUUGCUAAGAAGACAUUGCAGACUGAACUGCCGGAUACGGAGGACUUUUUAAGUGGUUUGCCUAAUGCAGAUUCAGAUGACAGCGAAGAUGAAGAACAAAUAGUGUUGCCGAUCAACCGCGACAAGAAGAGGCGCAGAGUCAUUAUUGACGACGAUUCGGACUAAUCCACCUAACACAGCACCGGCCGGUAAUAUACCACCUCCGUCCUUACAUG